AUGAUAAUUAUAAAUCUCGUAGUCCGCAUAUGUUGCUGUCGCUGAACAAGCACUAAAAUCUCGAGUGAUGAAACUCAAACAAAAACGCUCAAAGAACUUGGGAAAAAUAAAAAGCCUGAAGAUUUUCAGACAAUAAUCAUCAGACUUGAUACUGAAGGAAACCAGAAUGAAAUCAGUGAGCACAACAGCACACUUCAAAUUGCUAGAAAAGACUCUCACCCUCUUUCAGGGUAUGUUUUUCCAAGAAUUGACAAUAAUUAA